AUGAAUUCUCCAGUGCAAGAAAAACCUAUCAGUGUGGUUUCUUUCUUGAUUCCGGAAUGUGGGUUACUAUCAAAAGAACUGAAAAGCCUGGUCAUGGACAUGGGACCCUAUUACUUUGUGAAGAACCUACCCCUUCAUGAGUUAAUUACAUGUGAAUUCAUCAGCACCUUUGUGAAGAAAGGGAAAUUAAUUUUAUCACUGGAUAAAGACACUUAUGAAGAAACUGGACUUCAAGGUCGUCCAUCUCAGUAUUCUGGCAGGAAAAUUAUGAAAUUUAUUGUUCCCAUUGAUUUGGUGGAUUUAUCCCUUAACCUGGAUUCCAAGAAGUAUGAAAGAGUAUCUUGGUGCUUGAAAGAAAAGAAGCCAUUGAAAUUUGAUUUUCUUUUGGCUUGGCAUCAGACAGGUACAGAAGAGUCGACGCUGAUGUCAUACUUUUCCAAGUACCAGAUUCAAGAGCGGCAUCCCAGAGUGGCAAUGAGCACACUGAGAAAUCUGCAGUGCCCGGAGCUGCGGAGCAGCAAGCUCCACGGAGAGCCGGAGGGGUCCUGCAGUGCUCCGGAGCUCUUCGACUGGCUUGGCGCCGUCUUCUGCGAUGUGAACCUAAAUAAUGAGCCUAAUAACUUCAUAUCAACCUGUUGCUGUCCCCAGCCAAGCACAGUGGUGACAAAGGCUUGUUUGUGUACAGUCACUGGUUUCAUACUCCCAGAGAAGAUCUGUGUUCUCCUGGAACAGCUGCGCCACUACUUUGAUGAACCAAAGUUAGCCCCGUGGAUCACGUUGUCAGUGCAAGGCUUUGCAGACAGCCCCGUUUCAUGGAGAGAAAAGGAACACGGUUUCUGGAAAGGAGGAGAACACUUGUACAACUUUGUGAUUUUUAAUAACCUGGACUAUUGGCUUCAGAUGGCUGUUGGGGCAAGUGAUGACUGUCCACCAUAAAGAAUAUGAAAUUUACAAUCAUGUUUGUUUA